AUGAGGGUUUGUAGUGAAACUUCAUGUACUGUAUUUUCUGUCAGGUUUGUCAUCGUAGCUCCAGCAAGACUGAGGCUUGGAAUGAAACUGAACAUCUUACUAGAAGCACACAGCCUGUCCAAGACAAUCACUGUCAAUGUCUCUGUCUAUACAUACCCGAGCGAAUACGUCCUGACACAAGACUCUGCCAUUCUCAAUUCAGAAAACAGCUACAGUGCUCUCAAAACCAUUGAGAUCAAUCCAAAGCCAUUGCUUUUGGAAACGGAGAAUAAUAAAUCUGUUAAACUGGUUGCUCAAUUUGGGAGUUUCCAUAAAGCAGAGAAAUUUAUCAUGCUGUCAUUCAGCUCUGGAUAUAUCUUCAUUCAAACCGAUAAAUCGGUUUACAACCCUGGAGACACAGUUCAUUACAGGGCUUUUGUAUCCAAUCCUGAAUUCCAAGCUUUCAACAGCAUAAUAUCUCUUGAGAUUCAGAACCCAGAUGGUAUUGUGAUGGAUGGCAGAGCCAAUGUCAGAGCAAGCAACGGGAUCCUAUCUGAAAGCUACACCCUCCAUACUGUGGUCAAAGAGGGAACAUGGAAAGUUAUUGCAAAUUUUGAUAAUGUUAAAGAAAAUAGAUACAGCACCAUAUUUGUUGUAAAGAAAAAUGUUCUCUCACCAUUCAAGGUCACUUUAACUCCAAAGAAAUCCUACUUAAGCCUAGAUGAGGAAAAGUUGGAAGUAGAAGUCACAGCCAGGUAUCUUUAUGGUGAACCAGUGAAAGGUGUUGCAUAUGUGCUGUUUGGUAUUGAAAUAAAUGGUGAGAAAAAGAGAAUAACAUCUAUGAAGCAAAUGAAUGAUAUAAAUGGAAAAACUGUUAAUUUGACUAUUGAGGAGAUAAAGAAGGUGUAUCCUGACACAAGCAGACUAUUGGGGUCUUCUGUGUACGUCAAAGCAUCAGUAAUGACCAGCUCAGGUAGCGACACUGUGGAAGCAAUGAAAUCCGGCAUUCAAAUAGUAAUGUCACCCUACGUGCUUUCCAUCAGGGACACGCCAAAGUAUUUCAAACCUGGCCUGCCAUUAGACAUAGUGGUUACAGUGAGUCACCAAGAUGGAUCUCCAGCCCCUAAUAUUCCUGUUGAAAUCAACUUCCUUCAAAAAACAAUCAGCACACACAGCGGCACUAUCAGGGUCUCCGUCAACAUGUCUGAUGAAGUCAAGACACAUAUAUUGAAGGUAAAAACAGCUCUUCCUGGUGUGAAUGCAGAAAAGCAAACUUCAGAGGAGAUGCCUUUGGAGCCAUAUUUUUGUUCUUACGGCUUAUUUGAGAACUACCUGCACAUCUCAGUGGGCUCCAACAAAGUGGCAGUGGGCAAAAGUCUUAUCAUCGAAGUGUACAUUAAAACUGCCUCUCCAGAACACAGAGAAGUUGUGAAGCAGCUGACGUACACUGUUUUGAACAAAGGGAAAAUAAUAACAGCUGCCAGGGUAAAUGUAGAAUGUCUGGAUGUCGUAAAUAUUCCUUUGCUGUUGACCACAGAGAUGCUACCUUCAUUCCGGCUGGUGGCAUACUAUAUAUUGCCAUGGCAACUAAAUGCAGAAGUGGUGGCAGACUCAGUGUUUGUGGAUGUGGAGGACCAGUGUGUAGCCUCACUCAGUUUAGGACCAGUGGCGGGAGAAAAACUCAGUUCAUACUCACCAGGCAGCAGUAUUUCAUUUGUAGUGAAAGGAGACCCGGGGGCAAAUGUCAGCUUGGUUGCUGUGGAUAACGCCAUCUUUUUGUUGAAUAAAAAUCAUCUGACGCAGAAGAAGGUGUGGGAGGUGGUGGGUCAGAGUGAUAUGGGCUGCACCGCAGGAGGAGGCAGGAAUAAUAUGGGUGUUUUCAGUGAUGCAGGACUGGUGUUUUAUUCCAGCAAAGGAGAAUGCACCGAUUUUGGAUCAGAGAUGUUGUGUGGACGGCUUGAGGAAGAUUCCCAUGCCGUAUUCCUGCUACCGUCGUUCCCUCUACAUCACAGAGGACAGGAGCUGUGUGUCGGCUUUCCUUCGCUGUUGCAAAGAGUACAAGCUGAAAAAAUCUUGGAUCUGAAUUUAAUAGAGGACGAUCUUGGUGAAGAUGAUUUAUCUGACUUAGAGGAUAUUUACGUGCACACUAAGUUCUUUGAGUCUUGGAUGUGGACUGACAUCAGAUUACCAAGUGUCACCAAGCCUGAUGGGUUGGCUGUAUAUCCAGUGAACACCACUCUUCCAAACAGUAUCACUCAGUGGUGGUUUCUAGGCAUCAGUGCCUCAUCUGAGACAGGUUUCUGUGUGUCUGAACCUUAUAACGUCCGGGCGUGGAAGCCGUUCUCAAUAGACCUGUGGCUGCCUCGUUCAGUGUCCAGAAAUGAACUUGUGGAAAUCAAAGUUAUGAUCCACAAUUACAGGAAUGAAACCCUGAAGGCAAGGAGCUGUCCCAGCACUGUAAUGGUGAUCCUGGAAAAAACAAAAGACAUGUGUAGUGUGGCAUUUAGCAAUGCUCACAGACAGCAGGUUUCGGUACCGGCCGGCUCCUUCAAGCUGAUUUCAUACACCAUCAUCCCUCUGAAAACAGGAGAGCUCCCUCUACAGGUCACAGCUGUUCCACAUUCUUUUAUCGAAGCGGCUACAGCGAGGAAGAAUCUACGUGUGGUAAUAGAAGGCAUCCGGACAAUCAAGUCAAGGAGCUUUGUGUUGAACCCUUCUGAGAAAGGAGACAGUGGGAGACAGGUGAUAAAAGUGCAGAAAAUGGAGUUAAAAUCAGUGGUACCAAAUUCAAAGCCUACGGCAUUCAUCAAUGUCAGAGGUGAUUUGCUAGCAGACAUCAUUUAUAACUGCAUUAAGGAGGACUCUCUGGCAGCAUUGAUCCAGAUGCCCGGUGGGUGUGUGGAGCAGAACCUGGCCAGAAUCUCGCUGCUCAUCAUUGCCACCCAUUACCUGGACCGCCGUGGAAACUGGGACGCAGUGGGAGUAGAUCGCAGACAAGAGGCCAUCAAAUACAUCCAGACAGGUUAUACAAAUCAACUUAAUUAUCAAAAAAAGGAUGGCUCAUACCCUCCCUAUGCCAAAGAAGGCACCAGCACAUGGAUCACUGCAUACGUGGUGAAGGUCUUCUCCAUGGCAAAAUCAUUUAUAAACAUCAGUGAGAAGCAUCUGUGUGACCCUCUGGUGUACCUGCUCAAGAAUAAACAGCGUCCUGAUGGAUCCUUUCAGGAGGAUAAUCCUGUCUAUGACACCAGUAUGAUGGGAGGCCUGCACGGCUCUGAAUCCAGAGUGUCUCUGACUGCAUUCGUGCUCAUUGCUUUGGCAGAGGCACAAAAUACUGUUACCUGCCGAGAGCCAGGCCUCAACAUACAGUGCAUUUCCAGUAAAGCAGCGGACUAUCUAAGGAAGAAUUUCCCUCAACUGAAGAGGCCGUACACAGUGGCUAUAGCAUGCUAUGCUUUAGCAGUGUCCACCCACGGCUGCAUGAAGAGCAUGCUGUUAAAGUUUGCCUCACCGGAUCGUACCCACUGGACUGACUCUCAUAAUCGGUUCUUCACACUGGAAGCUACUGGCUAUGCAUUGUUAGCGCUGAUCAAAGAAGGUCAUAUGAAGGAGGCAGGUGCCCCUUUUCAAUGGUUAAAUGAGCAACGUGACAUUGGAGGAGGGUAUGGCUCAACUCAGUCCACCAUGGUAGUACAACAAGCCCUCUCUGAGUACCUAAUAAAGAGGCCUCCUCCAUCUAAUUAUACAUUAAGGGUGGAGCUCCAUGUGCCCGGUGACAGAAUUAUUACAUGGAACUUCCUUCCAAAAAUGGCUCAUAAGCUUCAAACUGCUAAGGUACCAUUUGACAAGGAAUUCAAAGUGGUGGCUACUGGGAAUGGCAAGGGAAUUUUGAAGGUAGUAACAGUGUACCACGAGCUUCCUGACGUGUAUGAGAACAGCGCAUGUAAUGGCUUCCAACUGGAUGUCUCCAUUGCUAAGACUAAUGGAAAUCCCAGACCAGAUGUAGAAAUGUCUUACAAACUUAAUAUCAGAGUGAGGGCUCUUGAGGGAAAGCAAAGAAUGGUAAUUCUGGAUAUAGGCUUGCCCACCGGCUUUGAGCCCGAAAACUCUGACUUAGAGCAGCUUAUGAAUCCAGUGGAUCGUUACAUCAACAACUUCCAAGUGGUGAACCUGAGUGACAGAGGAUCCCUCAUAAUUCACCUAUUUAAGGUGUCCAGUACAGAUGUGAUCUCAUUUAGACUGCAUCAGAAAUUUAAAGUGGGACUCCUUCAGCCUUCUACUGUCACAGUGUACCAGUACUACAACAAAGAUAAACGCUGUAGCAAGUUCUACUCUCCUCCUGAAAUUCAGCUGAAAAAUAUCUGCAAAAAUAAUGUGUGUCGCUGCUCACAGGGUAACUGCUGUGUACGGAAACCAGAAAAUAUGUCUUUUGGAAAACAGCGGUUGAAAUUAGCUGCAUGCGAAGGAACACAUUAUGUCUACAAGGUUAAACUGAUCAGUGUAAAGAAGUGUCACUAUGAUCAGUACGAGAUGAAGAUCGUCCAGAUUAUACAAAAGGGGUCAGAAGCUGGUUUGAAACAAAAUGACAAGAGGACGUUUCUCUCACAUGCAAGCUGUAGGAGAGGGCUUGGUUUGAGAGAGGGUCAGGACUAUCUGAUCAUUGGGCGGACUGCUGAUGUUUCACAAGCAGGGAGCACAACCAACAAGUACCUGUAUAUGCUGGGUAAGGACACAUGGGUCGAGCGCUGGCCAGCCGAGUCUGAAUGUGUUCGUGGAUCUGCUCUGAAGGUGAAAUGUGUUGAGCUGAAGAGCUUCCCAGCAGCACUGACAAAGAGUUGCCGUCAGAUUUGAGAGAUGCCUCACAAAUCUUAUUCUCUAAACACUCUCAUGACAAUAUCAUAUCAAAUAUGUAACCAAAAAUCAUAUACUGCAAAUCAUUAAUAGAAAUGUUACAGAACUAUG